AUGAAGUUUCAGGUUCCAAAACUGUUUUUGGACCCCUCAAAUCCCGUUGGAUACACAGUGAAGGUUGUAACGGAAUUUGUUAACGGGAGUACCCGCCUAGUCCGCAAGUGCACAAAACCGGAUCGUAAGGAGUAUAUGAGGAUACUCAACGCCUGUUCAGUUGGAUUCUUCAUCAUGGGAUUCAUUGGCUAUUUUGUAAAACUAUUGUUUAUACCUGUUAACAACAUACUGGUGAGCUCUCCAAAGUGA